GAAAAGUUCCGAAUCUGAGCUCCAAGAUAAAAGAUAUAUAAAGCAAAAUAUACGAUGUACCUGUUUAAACAUAUGGCUACAUUUUUACACAAAAAUACGUUGUGUUCCAGUUGAUUUUAUGCAGAAAUUUAUUAAUGCAAUAAAUGCUGGAGAGUACAAAUUACCUGAAAGUGAUAAUUAUAAAAAAUGUCUUUUAGAAUCAUAUGAUGCUGCUGAUAAUACAAUACAUGAAAAUGUAACAAAAUUAAGUAUUCCGGUGAAUAGUUAUCGUUAUAUUCUAGAUAUAUUAUUUAAAAAACCUUCAAGUUCAACAAAUUUGGUGUAA